GUCCAAGGCCGUCACAAUUUGAACUGAAAUCCCAUCGAGUUUUUUUUGGCGCCGGUAUUUAAUUCCAUCGUUAUCCGCUGCCGCCGCUGUGGAGCCGCCGUCGAUUCCGUAUGGCGGCUCUUCCAACCACAGUACACUAUCCCGCCUCCUUCAACGAUCUCAACAGCAACUCAUCCCUACUCAUUACGUCCAAAGCCAAACUCAAAUUCCCCAAUUCACCCUCAAAUAAAACCCUAGCUCAUACUUUCCAUUGUAUCCGCGGUUCCAAUUCUGUUUGCUCACGCAGAAAUGUAUAUGUUUCAAAUGUACUUCACCGAAAUCGAGAGGCUAUUUGUGACCAAAUGAAUGGAACUCUUCACAAUUUGAAGAGAUGGUUCGAGUUUAUCCGGUCUAUUUUUCCGGGUGGAAGUUGGUGGAAUCUUAGUGAUUCUGAGCAUAAAAUCGACGGCUCUACCAUGGCAGCGAAGCCUUUGACCGUUUGGAAAGCUCUGAGACAAAUGUGGGUGCUCGUAGCUGAUGAGAAAUGGAUUUUGUGCGCAGCGUUUGUUGCUCUGACUGUGGCCGCGGUCUCUGAGAUAUCAAUGCCAGGUAUUCUGACGGCAACGGUGUUUUCAGCUCAAAAUGGUGAUAUGUUGGUUUUCUAUCAGAACUCUCAGCUUCUGAUUUGGUUGUGUUUCACCUCAGGAAUAUGCAGCGGCUUGCGAAGUGGAUGUUUUGCUAUUGCAAAUACAAUUUUGGUUAAGCGUCUUAGAGAGACUCUAUAUAGCUCUCUUCUUCUUCAGGAUAUAUCCUUCUUCGACAAAGAAGCUGUUGGCAAUCUGACCAGCAGAAUCAGCACAGAUUGCCAGCGGUUAUCUCAUACCAUUGGAAAUGAUAUACACUUGAUCCUACGGAAUAUUGUUCAGGUCACAAUUCUGGGGAUAGGUGCAUUUAUCACCUUGAUGACUUUGUCGUGGCCCCUGGCACUUUCAUCUCUGGCUGUAUGCGUUCUUCUGUCUGCGAUUUUCCUUAUUUAUGGACAGUACCAGAAGAAAACAGCACUGCUUGCUCAAGACUUUACUGCUUCCGCCAAUGAAGUUGCGCAAGAAACAUUGUCUUUGAUGAGAACCGUCCGAGCAUAUGGAACAGAAAGAGAAGAAUAUCAGAGGUUCACGCACUGGCUAGACAAGUUGGCUUUUGUGGGCAUGCGAGAAAGUGUAGCUUGUGGAAUCUGGACCCUUAGUUUUAAUACACUUUAUCGAUCAACCCAGGUUUUGGCAGUCCUUUUAGGAGGAAUAUCUAUUUUGUCGGGUUCUGUUUCUGCCGAGCAAUUAACCAAGUAUGUUUUAUACUGUGAAUGGUUGAUUUAUGCUGCCUGGAGGUUGCAAGACAACAUGUCAUCCUUACUUCAGUCUGUCGGAGCCUGUGAAAAAGUUUUUCACUUGUUGCAUCUUCCACCAAGUAGCGAAUUCUUGUCUAAAGGAGUAAAACUGGAAAAGCUGAGUGGAAGUAUUGAGUUUGUAAAUGUGUCAUUUCAUUACUCUUCAAGGAAGAAGGUUCUUAUUUUGAGAAAGGCGAAUUUCUCCAUAAAAGCUAAUGAAGUGGUUGCAAUAGUUGGCACCAGUGGUAGCGGGAAAAGCACGUUGAUCAGUCUUUUGCUUCGCCUCUACGAACCAACCUAUGGAGAGAUCUUUAUCGACGGGGUUCCUGUCGAACAAAUGGACAUUAGGUGGCUAAGAAAAAAUAUCGGGUUUGUCGGGCAGGAACCCCAUCUUUUCCACAUGGAUGUCAAGUCAAAUAUAAGUUAUGGUUACUCUAGAAGCAUCAAACAAGAAGAGAUCGAAGCUGCUGCAAAGAAGGCAUAUGCACACGAAUUCAUCUCUGCCCUUCCUAACGGUUAUGAUACUAUUAUUGAUGAUAACUUGCUAAGUGGUGGGCAAAAGCAGCGCAUUGCAAUAGCAAGGGCCCUCCUUAGAGAUCCCGCUAUUCUUGUACUCGAUGAAGCCACCAGUGCUCUUGAUGCCGAAAGCGAAGGCUACAUAAAGGAGGUUCUUCAUUCUCUGAAGAAAAACUCAAAAAGGACUGUGAUCAUAAUAGCACAAAGGCUGUCGACAAUAGAAGCAGCAGACAGGAUCUUGGUAAUGAACGAUGGGCAAGUUGUCGAUAGCGGUAGACAUCGAGAGCUCCUUCAAAGAAACGGAGUGUAUGGCCGAUUAUUCGGAAUACAGACAGAUUGAGAAACUCUACUUCAACGGAUGCUUUGUUUUCAGGUGCAUUAUAAUUAUAAUCAAAGCUCAGGAAAUUAAACUAGUGGAGCAUAGAUUCUAAUAUCUUACAAUUAUUGAGCCUGCACAAAAUAUUAACACACCACCGAACCAAAACAGUUGAGCUAGAUGAGCUCCAGAGCGCGUGUGUUGAAAUCGCUGGGUUGUGGGACCUGUUGAUGAGGAAGCCCUUUAGCCUCGGCGGGGGCUUCCUUGUUUGUAUUUAAUAAUUUCUCGUCCCCUUUGAUUCUGCUAUCAGUUUCAUCUCCCAA